GAGAAUUAUUUGUGGCAACACCAAACACGUCAAGUUUCGAAGUUUGUUCUCCUUGAUUUGAAAAUAACGAAUCUUAAACGAACUCAAUAAUACAUACAUUGUUUUGUUUUACAAUACUCUGUUAAAUAUUAGUGCACAGCAAUGGCCAAAAAUGUGACGAACUUUCGUGGUGAAAUUUAUUUCACGCCAAAUGGCAAGUUACAUAUAAAAGACGAACCUGUUACUCCAAUUGAAGAGGAUUUCGGUGAUCACAAUCGUUUGGAUUACUACGACAAUGAUUUUGGUAAUAUAAGAAAAUCCAUGUCUAUGAAUGAUAUCGCUGCACUUCGAGAAGAUCUCGUGAAAAUGGAAUUUCAUGAUAGUGAAGAUGUAUACCACAGACAUCGUAAACCAUCGGGUGCGCCACAGGAGUUAUCCAGAACGAAAUUUGUUUCAAUGGCCGAAGCCAUUUACCAUUUUCAAAAGGAUACUCCUGGUCGGUUCCAUACGACGCGUCCUCAAAUAUUCCGUUCGCAAGGACAGAAUGGACGAUCAGGACUGACAGUUCCUCAGUCACCUAUGCUACGAUCUAAGGCUCGCCACAGACCGACACAUAUAUUAUCUCAGAAGGAAAUCGAAGAGAAGGAGCUUGAAGAAAUCAGGAAACAUAAAAUUAAAGCUAAUCCAAUUCCAAAGUCUGUCAUAGAAGGCACUAACCUUCCUGAGGUGCCUAAGAAACCUGUCACAGUUCCAGAGCCUUUCAAACUGACAGAAAUACAAAAGAAAGCUGCUCAAACAUCUAAUGAACAUCAUCAAUUUAAAGCUAGGCCAGCUCCAAAACACAUUCUUGAGAAGCCCCAUAUACCUGUGAAACCUCCAGUACAUGUAACCAAACCCAUCAGUCCUAAGUUCCGCUACAAAAGAGCAAACUCUGCUGAUCAACUUCGAAGUGAUAACUUACUUAUAAUGAAACCUCAAAAACCUGAAGAAAAACAUCAUCCUAGAAUGGGCCCAGUUAAACCAGAGCCAUUUUCAUUUGAAAAGCGGGAUGAGGAACUGAAACGCCGCAGGGAGGAAAGAAUCAAGCGACAGAUUGAGGAGGAACGCAAACAAGCUACUGCAUUCAAAGCACAACCUGUGCCAGGGGCUGUCAAGAAACGUAUGCAGAGCACUGUUGCCAAAGGAGGCUCUUCCACAUCUUCAGAAAACAAGGAGAACAUAAAGUUUGAAGCUAAACUACCAGUAGUACUUUACAAGGAACCAUUUAAACCGGUGCUUCAGCCAGUGCAUCAACUGAAGUCUGCUCCAUUUGAGCUCACUACAGAGAAGCGUGCAGCUGAAAGAGAGAGGUUUGACAAGCUGUUGAAAGAAAAAGAAGAGGAACAGGAAAGAUUGAGACUGUUACACGAGAAGGAACAGGAAGAAGCAGAGGAGUUAGCAAGAGCUAAGUUGAGAGCAAAACUGAUACAUCAUGCAAAACCAGUCCCUAAAGCUGUAGUUGCACCAUUUGUUCCAGAGAAGUCUGUUGCCCCCCUCACUGUGCCAGAAACUCCUAAGUUUGUGAGGCGCAUGAGACAGAACUAACCUAACUUUACCUCCUACAUACAACAAAUUUCCAGUUUAAUAUUUCUAUGGAAUAGUUUUUAAUAUACCUUAUGCUAGGUAAUUUCUUACUUGACUGUUAUCAUGUUUAGAACCUAUAUUUCUAUUUCAUUACUGUACUGACUUUUAAUUGACAUGAUUAUUAUUAAGAUAUUUUUAAUUUUCUCAUUAGAAGUUAUAUGUUAUUUAAAUUUAUAUUGUCCUAGCUAGAUAAUGAUUGGUAGAUGUAUGAUUUUCUGUAAAAUAAACAAUGUCUAAUUGUAA